GCUGGGGCGUUACGCUGCAGGGAACCCGCGUCAGAAGAAAAGGGAUAGAGAGGAGGGGGGAGGGGGUUGGAAAGUUGAACGAUAAAAAGAGACGGUAAAAAAAAAUAUAUAUAUAAGACUAAAACUCAUCGUCAUCAUCCCAAACCCCCAUGGUUCCAUCGCAGCAUCGACGCGCCUCCUGGCGAGAGGCAGCCAACGCGGCAGUCAUGUGGAACAUGAUGAGAUCUCUCAAGCCUCCGGGCAAGACCUCAGAUGAGAAGACAUCUCUGCAGCAGCAGCAACAGCAGGGCAAGGAAGCGGCAGCUUUCGGCAUGGUGGUCACUCCGGGCAGAAUCCCACAGUUUAUCAUCCCCUCGCUGGAGGUGAUGCUGGUGGCGCCUCCGCCCGCAACUGCAGCCGGACGCGACGACGCGACGUUGGGGGUGCCCUCUCUGAGCCGCACCCUCAGCCAAUCUGACCCCGUGAUGAGGAGGAGGCACGGGGUCAAGACGGCGUCGGGGAGCUCGGCGGGAGACCUCCUGGACACCAGUGACCCUCUCAUGCGGGCUGCCAUGUCGCUGCCGCACUUGCCCAAGAGCACGACCCCCUACGGGUUCCCCACGGUGACGGAGAGUCCUCACACGCGCAGGAAGGAGUCCCUCUACUUCGAGAGCGACCACGAGGAGCAAGGCGACGCCUGCCAGAUGGUGGGCGCUGAAGCUGCCGGGACCUGUGGUGGUACUGGAGGAGCUGUAGGAGGAGGAGGAGGUUUGCCGUUGUACCGAAGUCGAUCGAAUCCCGUGCCUGGCCAGGCGCGCUGCGGUGCUGCACUGGCUGUCGAUUUUGAGCUGGUCGCCAGCCGUGCCAUCUCCUGGGAGACCAUCCCGGCGCUCACAGUGACUCCGCCAGACGAUGGGUUCUUCAAGAAGCCAAAGACGAGGUUCAGGGGCCUCAUCAGGAAACACUUGCCCAGCAUUAAACGCAUGAAACCAGGCAGCGGCGGCGGCGGCAGCAGCGGCACGAAGAAUAAAGAGGCGAGCCAAGAGCCAGGGGACAGUCGGGGAAGGGAAUAAUCAGUCACCUAACGCUGUUUGUGUUUGAAGAAGGAAAUUUUUAAUUAUUAUUUCUGCACUCGGCCACUGUGGUUGCAAGUGUAUUAAAUCAAGGUUUUGUAAACGCAUGGUCAGCAUCACUAUCCUUAUCAUUUUCUUACCGUGUUAUUUAUUUUAUUUACUGCUUGUUUUUCUUAUGCUAUUUGUUGCUCGCGGUUGCAAUUCACUCGGUGUUCGCCGCCGAUGUCUUGACGGGUUUCUCUUUUCAUUCCUGUUGCUGCUCUACGACUCCCCCCACCCCCCGUACCGUUCCCGUUCCGCUGUAAUGUGUACCGAUGCCUACUUUAUUGAGAGCGAUAUUGCCACGUAAAAUAAAGAUUGAAUGAUCAUCAUCAUCUUCGUCACCAUCAUUAUCGUCAUGUUCCUCAUCAUCAGCUUAUGAUUAUUAAUUCUCAUCUUCAUCUUUGUCAUUAUCUUCCCCGUUAUCUUUCAUCUUCGUCAUGAUCAUCACCGCCAUCGUCGUCGUGUGCCUCAUCAUCAUCAUCCCUAUCAUCUAAAUCAUCAUCGUCUUCCUCAUCAUAAAUUUUCUUGACAAUGUCGCCAAUAGUCAUGCACACACUCACAUUAUACACACACACUGCACAUUAUUAAUAGACAUACACGUGUACAGACACACACGCAUUCGAGGGACAC